AAUUAUCACAAAUAAUCCCACUAGAAGCUGGGUACAAGUGUAUUUCAAUUCCCAACCACACGAUUAAAGUUCACUGUGCUUAGCAGAUAAGAUUUGCACAAACAUACAUAUGCAUUAACGGCGCUCAAAGCAAGUACAACACAUACAGUUGUUUCUCCAUGCUAAAUUUAGUUAGUACUCGCUCGUCGUAGCAGACGCACGUGAAAGUUUUAUUUGUGUUAAAGAAAAAAACUCGACUGAGAGCCCGUUUUUGAAGCAAUUUAAUCAAAAUGCCAGCACUGGAAGUAAAUCCUGAUUUGCAAAAGGAGCGCAACACAGCGACCUUUGAUCCAAAAGAGUUUUCAAUCUUUUGGGCUGGUGGCGCAGACAAAUACAAAGAGAAGAAGGCCUUGGAGAAAAUGUUUCUGGAGGAUCCAGAAAUGAAAGAUGAUCUGCCUACGUCAUAUUUGUCCCACAAGGAGCUGUACGAGAACAGCUUACGCAAAGCCUGCCUCAUUGGCGAAAAGAUACGCAAACUGCGCGCUGAUGGCGAGGAUGGCGUCGACACAUACAAUGCUCUGCUGGGCGGCUCAUUGGGCGCGGCUAUACUCAAGGAGGGCAAUCCUAUAUCGCUGCACUACAUCAUGUUUGUGCCAACUAUUAUGGGUCAGGGCACCAUGGAACAGCAGGUGGAGUGGCUAUCCAAGGCCUGGGAUUGUGAAAUAAUUGGCACCUACGCGCAAACUGAACUGGGACACGGCACUUUUUUGCGUGGUUUGGAAACGCGCGCCGAUUACGAUGCCAGCACAAAGGAGUUUGUGAUUAACACGCCCUCACUAAGUGCCUACAAGUGGUGGCCCGGCGGCUUGGGACAUACGGCGAACCAUGCUGUUGUCGUGGCCCAGCUGUACACCAAGGGCGAGUUCCGUGGUCUGGCGCCUUUUAUUGUGCAGCUGAGGGACACAGAUACGCAUAUGCCAAUGCCAGGCAUAGAUAUUGGCGACAUUGGCACCAAGCUGGGCAUGAAGGGCGUCAAUAAUGGUUAUCUGGGGCUGAAGAAUGUGCGCGUGCCGCUCAACAAUAUGCUGAUGAAGAACCAACAGGUUCUGCCCGACGGCACCUAUGUGGCGCCCAAGAAUAGUGUCCUAACCUAUGGCACCAUGAUGUUUGUCCGAUGUGCACUCAUUAGGGAUACUGCUCAGAGUUUGGCCAAGGCGUCCACUAUUGCAACACGAUAUGCGGCAGUUCGAAGACAGAGUCCCAUUGAUCCGAAGGAGCCAGAGCCGCAGAUUAUGGAACAUACCACACAGCAACUGAAGCUAUUCCCGCAGAUAGCCAAGGCUAUUGUAUUUAAGACAACCGGUGAUGGUAUUUGGAACAUGUACAAUGUGCUGUCCGGUGAAAUUGAGCUGGGCAACUUGGAUCGUUUGCCCGAAAUGCAUGCACUCUCCUGUUGCUUGAAGGCCAUUUGCAGCGCGGAUGCAGCAGCUGGCGUGGAGACCUGUCGUCUGUCUUGCGGCGGCCAUGGCUAUAUGGACUGUUCUAACUUUCCGACCAUCUAUGGCAUGACGACGGCUGUGUGCACCUACGAGGGCGAGAACACGGUAAUGCUGCUGCAGACGGCACGUUAUUUGGUGAAGGUGUACGGCCAGGCGCUGAGCGGUGAUCAACUGGUGCCCACUGUGGCCUACAUCAACGAGGCGAUCAAGCAGAAAGAGUUCGUCUAUUUCGAUGGCUCCUUGGAGUCAAUUGUAAAGGCAUUCCAGUUUGUGGCCGCCAACAAAGUACGCGUCGCUUAUGAGCAGAUCGAGCAGCGCCGCCGACAAGGCCACAGCACCGAGGUGGCCGCUAAUCUCAGUGGCGUCUUCUUGACAGGCGCUGCAGACCUGCACGGUCGCGCAUUUUUGGCGCAAUCCGCGUACACGGAGCUGAUGGCUGUUUCGCGACAAGUUUCGCCAGCCCUGGCCGAUGUGCUGAUGGUGGUGCUGGAGCUCUACCUAGUCGAUGCCUGCCUUAAUCGCAUUGGCGACUUUUUACGCUUCAUUGAGCUGACUGAUGCGGAUGUUACCAAAUUGGAGGUGCGCCUGGAGAGCUGCCUGAAGCGUUUGCGUCCAAAUGCUAUUGCCCUGGUCGACAGCUUUGAUUUGCACGAUCGCGUUUUGGACUCCGCGUUGGGUGCAUACGAUGGCAAUGUGUAUGAGCAUAUCUUUGAGUCAACCAAGAAAAAUCCGCUCAACAAAGAGCCGGUGAACGCAGGGUUCCACAAAUACCUAAAGCCCUUCAUGAAGGCUCAUUUGUAAAAUAGCGUUAACUUUUUUUAAGGGGUAUUUCGUUAACUGUUGUAGGCCUGUUAUAUCGCCGUAUUUGUAUAUAUCAUUAAAGCUUAUUCGUUAAUUUUA